UGCAGGUUUUCAAAGCUACUAAAGGUAUGCCUAGUGGCAGACGAAAGGCACCUUUCAGUGGAAAGGCCAAAAAGGUGCAACUACAAGCAAAGAAGGACCGGAAAAGAGGUGGAACAGUUAUUGCCAAAGCAGAUUCAUCGACUGAUUGGAGGGAAUCUCAGAGCCAACAUCGAGGUACUGAUGGAUCAGAUGAUGAAGAUGUUAACAAAGCCAAGGUCGUGCAAUUGAAUAAGCAGCCAGCAGCAAAAGGCAGUGAUGUUAACAGGUACAAGCUCCACUUCUUCAAACUCUCCAAGGAUGAAAUUGAAGAGAAGAAACGAAUUGCUCAAGCUCCUUACACAUCCAUCGAGCCAAAGGAUCUUGAAGUUGAUGGAAGCCAGAUCUUUCCUCCUGACAUGGACAUACCCAAAAGACCAAGGUGGAGCUACUCUAUGUCAAAGGAUGAAGUUGAAAUUCGUGAAGCCAGAUACUUCAAGCAAUCAGUUUUCCUUCUGACCAUGGCUGCCUCUGACGAAGUCGGCGAUCUGAAUUGGAGCUUCGACGACUUGCUCAUCAACAGUGACGACGAAGAGCCUGUGCCCGAUGAUGAUGAUGUUCCUGCUGCCCAAUCCCUGGUCGUACCUGUACAAUAUGACUCCGAUGAUGACUCUGAGUAUGAAGAAGAGGAUCCAGAUAAAGGAGAGGAAGAAGAAACCUGGGAAUAUGUGCAGAGACUGGAGGCUACUUUUGGUUCGGAUCAAUUAGCUAAUAUGGAGUUGAACUUGGAGACGUGGCGGCAGCUGUGGAGGGUCUUGGAAAUGUCAAAUGUGGUCUUGGUCAUUGCUGACAUACGCUUUACUGCAUUGAUGUUUCCACCCUCACUCUAUCACUUUGUGAAGGAGGAACUGGGAAAACACCUGAUCUUUGUCUUGCACAAGAUUGAUUUGGUACCUCCACCCUUGGUUUUGGCAUGGAAGAAGUACCUGCAGACCAGAUUCCCUGGUGAUGGAGGGAAAAAUCGUCCUCGGGGUCGUUUGAAAUGGAAAAUGGCCACAAAGUGUGCAUCCAAGUUAUGUGAGGCAUGUGAAACACUCAUCCCUGGUAUUGAUUUCUCCCAGUGGAAAGCCAAGAUACUAGAAGAUGAAGCUUUUUGUCUGGGAGGACCUGGAAAGGAUUCAAGUGAGGAUGCAAGUGACUGUGAAGUGGAGAACAUUUUAGAAGAGGAUUCCAACAUAUCUCCCAUGGAUGUCCCAGGUGUUCUCACAAUUGGCUGUGUUGGGUUCCCUAAUGUUGGGAAAUCUUCUCUGAUCAAUGCUCUAAUGGGCUUCAAGGUUGUCAGUGUUUCUCGUACUCCUGGCCAUACAAAGCACUUCCAAACUAUAUAUCUCACAAACAAUGUGCGUCUCUGUGAUUGCCCUGGAUUGGUUUUUCCAUCUUCUGCUGCCCGCCAUCUUCAGGUCUUGAUGGGGAGCUAUCCUAUAGCUCAGCUUCAAGAGCCCUACUCAGCUGUUCAGUUCCUGGCUGAGGCAUUGCCUAUAGUGAAAAUGCUGCGAUUGGUCCAUCCAGAUCAUGAGGGCAAUGCUCCUUACAAUCCCGAUCGCUACGAAUGGUGUGCUUGGGAUGUAUGUGACGCUUGGGCUGAAAAACGUGGCUAUCGCACAAAGAAAGCAGCUCGUCUUGACACCUACCGAGCUGCUAAUCAUAUCCUGAGAUUAGCCCUGGAAGGAAAAAUCUGUUUAUGUCUUUAUCCCCCUGGAUACAACAAGUCCAAGAGUGAGUUUGAAACGAGUCCAGAGUUGCAGGAGAUCCAUUCCUGCUAUCCACCAUCUUUCUUCUCCUCAUUGGAGGUCAGUGCUCACACAAAUAAAUCAAAGGAGGAAGCAGAGAGUGAUAUUAGCGAUGAUGAAGAUGAAGGAGGAGAUGAGACCACUGGUGGCAGUGUUGGUGAUGAUGAUGAUGAUGAUGAAGAGGAUGAUGAACCCGGAAGUUUCAACAAAUUUGCUUUUCUCUCAGAGCAAAGUGUUUAAAAUGUUGAUAUCUAAGAGGUUACUGAGCUUUUAAGUGUCAAAUAAUAGCUGUCCUUGCUGAGGAAAGUGAGCUAUUAAUUGUGUGCUGCCAAUGUUUCUAUUUUGUGAUUCAGGAGCAAAGGCUUCAAUUGUGAUUUUCAAAUCUCUUACAGUUGAAACUUGGUAUGAUGAAAUUGGACGUAAUGAAAACCAGUUAUGGGGAAACCAUUCACAUUGCCUGGCUGAAUGCCCAUAGACACCCUUGUUAAGUGAUUCAAAUGUUUUGACAUUUUGAUCACUAUCUAAUGUCUCUGGUGUUCCCAUGGAGAACAGACUGGCUAUGUUUGAUUUUUCAUUUUUUUGUAGGAAAAAGGUGUUUGCAUCUCUUUAAAUAUGCCUGAUGAAGAGAUUCUGAAUGUGGGUGAAUGUGCAUGUGGUAAAGGAUGUGAACACCUGCAAAUGGUUGUGGGUUACUACAUCUAGUUCCUCCUCACUCCUGUGCCCAUUAUUCCCAUUUGAAUUUUUAUUUAGACAGAGACAUGUAUGCCUUAUGCACAGGAUAUUAUUAUAUUAUUAUUAAUAUUAUUCACAUUUAAAUUCUGUAGUCCUUAAUAUCCAUUUUGCAGCAAGCUCAAGAGCCCUUGGGCCUCCACACCUAAAGGAUGAUGAAACCAUGUAAACAAAGUCUAAAAAUGGGUUUAGCACUUUGAAAUCCAGUUAUGUAUCUUGCUUCUGAUAAAAUUACAUGAUUCUUGUUACUUUUUCAACUGCAUUGCAACCAGUUUUGACUUUUAAUCUCUUUUUCAUGCAUGCAAGAAAAAUCCACUCCGAGAAUCAGUAAGUGAAGGAGGCAGUAUUUGUCUAUGGUUUGUUUUGGGGCAUGCCAUUAGAGGAGCCAGAAGUUAGAUGAGAAUCAUUUUUGUAACUUUCCCCUGAUAGCUGCCCAUUAGGUUUUGCAACUCAUUGUGGAUUGUGGCAUUUACUUUUGUGACUGAAACCUUAAGUCUUUCUUGGUUGCUACUCCUGGCCAUCUCUGUUGAAUCUCUUUUUAUCAGCCUUAGUUUUCAUGGAUUAAGGAAUCUGUCAUCUUUUGGUGUUGAUAUGAGCAUUGUGAAUCCUACAUCCCUUUUCCCUGGUUUGAAGGCCUCUCUGGUGGUGCUUUGAAAAGAGUGAGCCUGUGAGAAAAAUGUGUGUUCGUUGUGGUUAAAUGCCAGCAGGCAUUUACCCUUCAUAUUGAAGACGAGCUGUGAUUAUUUCCAGUUUAAUAGGCCUCAUUGUGGUGCCUAUGCUGAUUGCCAUUCCUAUUGGGAAAUUUCUGUAACUAGUAACUGUAAUUUCUGUAACUAGUUUUUCUUGCAUUUUUUUCCCUGUGUAUUGGCCGUUUUACAUCCCUGCUUGAAGAAAAUGGGAUUUUUAAAUGUGAUUAAAU